AUGGGCCUCUACAACAGCUCCGGAACCUGCACACCAUGUACGGACUCGUGCGCUGUCUGCAAGGAUGGCACACUAACCGGCUGUCAGCAGUGCAGCCCCGGCAAGAUCCUGGAGUCGUUAGUCGUUGCAGACGAUAAUGCAAAGUGUGUAGAUGAGUGCGCUGUUGGUGACGACUGUGCAGAGUGCGGCAUCACCAUCGAUGGCAGCAGGUACUGCACGCGCUGCAAGGACUCGAAUAUAUACCCUCUCAACGGGGUGUGUAUUCCGAACACACAAAAAGACACGUACUGCACCAGCAAGGCAAAUGGUGCUUGUACUACAUGCUCAGGAGCGGCCUUCCUGAUGAACGGGGGCUGCUACACAACGGAGCACUAUCCAGGAAGCACUAUCUGUGACAAACAGGCAGGCGGGAAGUGUGAGAAGACCAAGAAGGAGUACGGGAUAUCGGACGAUGGAAAGCUGCUGGAGUGCGACCCGACAUGUCUGGGGUGCACCGCCCCUGGCCCCGGCCACUGCACCAGGUGCCCCUCUGACAAGCUCCUGAAGAGGGCCUCAGGUGCCGCCACCGGGAGCUGCAUUGACCCCAACGCCUGUGUAGACGGGUACUAUGCAGACGGAGACGCGUGCCUGCCCUGCGCCACUCCGGGGUGCAAGGCCUGCGGGCAUACCUCCUUCUGCACAGAGUGCGCGGGGGAGCUCUUCGUGAGCCUGGACGGGCGGUCGUGCCUGGGGGAGUGCAGCGGGGACAAGGUGGUGGGAGAGGUGCCCGGCGGCGUACGGAGGUGCUGGUGCGAGCGGGGCUUCCUGCCGGCGCUGGACAGAUCCGAGUGUGUGCUCCCAACCGAGUGUCCCCCUGACAUGCCGUUGUGUGCUGCCUGCGAUACGUCGGGUAAGUGUCUCUCGUGUGCCGCCUCGAAUCAUAACAUCCAGACAGAUCAGCGGACGUGUGCAGAGGGGUGCGGCACCAGGGCCUCAUCGAACCAGGGGGUGUGCAUGUGCGAGCUCGACGCGGUUCUCACGAAGGACAUCUGUGUCUCAGCCAAGGAGCUGGCCAAGAAGAGAACGGCGGCGAUCGCAGGAGGGACAGUGGCCGGGGUCAUUGUGAUUGGGAGCUUGGUUGGCUUCCUAUGCUGGUGGUUUCUCUACCGGGGCAAGCGAAUUGGUGCCUCUUCGAGUACUGUGGGACUCGUUCAAUCCAAGUCUAUGUAA